CAGGCCAUCUGGGUGCAUUACACUCUGAUAUAAACAAAUCACUCUACUGUCACCCCUGUGCCUCACUCUUACCCUUUUCCUGUUUUAUUAUUUCCUCAAGCACCCAUGAAUGCUUCACCUAACCACAUAUUAUUUUUGCUGUUGUUUUCUAAUAAUGUAUAGUUACAUCAAUGUAUCGUAUAGUUAAGGGUCAUUCCAUUAAGUACAAAGUCAUUGAAAAUGAUUCCAUAUGAUUGUGCAUAUAACAUACAUCUGAACACCAUCAGGCACACUGCUCCACUACCUCGAGGGCCACAGGUGGCAGUGCUCCUGUGGACGAGAUUAACACAGAUUAAGCUAAUUAGACCUGACGUUCCUCCUAAGGUAACCUUCAGUCCAGGAGACGCAAGCCAGCAAAAGGAUGCACUCACAUUGGCAGCAAACCGACUGGAAUUUUACCGGAGUUAGUUACAUCAGAAUGGAUAAAGUCAUCUGAGUCACCUUAGCUCAGUCCUGGCUGACAUCAUGAGUGAUGAAGGCCCGUCACCGAGGCACGGCCCGCCGCAGGCCCUGUCAUCGGGGAGCGGCCGCACCAACAUGACGGCGUGGCGGCAGCCGUACUUGCACGAGCCCAUCUCCUCCAAGCACGUGUGCUUCUACAAGAGCGGCGACACGCAGUUCAGCGGCCUGCCCGUGGUGAUCAACAACCGCACCUUCAAGACGUUUGAGUCCUUACUGGACAGCCUGUCGCGACGCGUGCCUUUACCGUUCGGCGUGCGCCACAUCACUACGCCGCGCGGCCACACCACCGUGCGCUCCCUCGACCAGCUGCACCAUGGGCACUCGUACAUCUGCUCGGACCAGCGCACGGUCAAGCCCGUGGACCUGGAGCGCGCCCGCAGGAGGCCGCCACCCUGGUACCACGCGCGCCCGGCCAGCGGGCCCCGGCGCAAGGCGCUUACCAAGCAGAGGGUGGAGAUCCGGCCCAGGAGACGCCGGCACGGCCGCGGGUCCACGCCACACCUGCUCAGCACGCCCAAGAGACUGGUGGUGUUCCGCAACGGUGAACCCGAGGAGAAGCACACGCUGCUGCUCCAGAAGAGGAACGCUCGCUCCUUCGAGGCCCUCUUGGACUAUGUGUCUGAGGUCAUGCACUUUCCUGUGGUGAAACUCUACAUGCCUGACGGGCGCAGGGUGGAUGGUCUUCCGGCUCUGAUCUUGUGCUUUGGGGUAUUGGUGGCGGCAGGCCGAGAGCCAUUUAAAGCAGGAUACUAUGACAUCCAGAGGCCCACUGCUCCAACAUGGCUGCCGGCCAAAAGAGCUGGAACCAAAUGGGUGCAUCCCUCUCGCCGGAAAAAGAAAUCAGGUUCCAGCAGCCUGAAGUCUCGCAUCUUCUCGCCGUCCUCGGAGCGCUUCUUCGUGAACCAGAUCCAUCACAGCGCGGCAGGGAGUGGGGGAGAGGGAUGACUUUCCCCAGCGUCGCCGCCGGCUCAGAGGAGAUGGAGAACAGUAAUGCUCUGUGCUCCUUGGCUGGAACCGACAUACUGACAUACGGAGAAGGCACAGGCGAUGCCCAGGCACUUCCUGAUGAUGACAUUGAAAAGUCCUUCCGUGUCAAUCAGGAUGGCAGCAUGACGGUAGAGAUGAAGGUCCGCCUGACCAUCAAAGAAGAGGAGACGGUUUCAUUGGACGACAACCCUGAGUAGGUCUGCAGUAACCAAUCAAAUGAGGGAAUCUAGCGACACUGGUUUACUAGACUCCUCCCACCUCCCUUUGGACACUGACCAUGACCCUGAGGUUGCUGCCAUGGAAACCAGUGAUUGGAGUCAAGAUUUCCCCCCUCCAAUGAAGAAUGAUGUAACUGAAGAUUCUGACCAAGUGGAGGAAGAGAAACAACAGGGGGGAAGUGCACAGGUUCUCAGUCCCCUUGCCCGCCGAGUGCCCACCCCCGGUCCGCGCAAGGUCAGGCAGAUGCGAGCAUCAUCAGUGGAGGAUGUCGUCCAGCAGGGGCCGGAGGCUGAGGUUCAGGAGGACAGGGUGGGCUCCUACUCAUACAGGGAAGAGAAACAGGAGUACUGCAUGGUGCGGCAGACAAGCAGUAGGCCUGUGCCCAAACCUCGGAGUACAAACGUUUCAGAGACUAACAAAGCCAUAAACUCCAGCACAAGUGUGCAGUCCCAAUACAAGUCCGCUGAGGUUCUCCAGGUCGGGGACAGUGGACAGGAGAUCAGGGAGACUGUGGUGCACAUUUAUGAGCAGCAGACCUGCCAGGACAACUUUCUUGCCAACACACAGCUGCGAGUUCAGGGAGUAUCGACGUACAGCCCACUGUAUAACCGCCCUGCUUCCGCAGGUACUGUGAGAAAUCUCCAAUCAUCCAGCAUGGACUGGGAGUCUGAGCAGAACCGCUACAUUGCUAGAAAGUUAAAUGGCAGAGGGAAGCCGGCAGACAACCUCUCAAUGUCAUCAAACCUCAACACACCCCCUUGCCCAAACAUCAGUUGGUACUGAUAACUGUUCUACUGCAGUCUUAGGAGAGAAGAUGUCUGAUUCAAAUCAACAAACUCCAGAGAACAAUGGAGAUCCCCAGAGCCUAACCAGGAAAAGGAAACCUGUUACAUGGGUGUUCAAAAAGAACAGUCACGUUUUUCAAAGUACAACGUCUGAGAAAAAACGUAGGGAACACAUAGCAGAAAUUCUGAGAGGAAUUCGUAAAAGAAGAAAUAAUAAUCCAGGCACUUCAGUGGGACCUGUGAAAAUUGCAGAGCGCCUCAGAGCCAAAAACUGCUCAAAAGCUGCUCAAAAAAAGACAAAAAAUGAGGGCAGCUGAAUAUGAUGUGCCUGUGUCUGACAAGAGCUCUCCGCAGCCUGCAGAAAUCAUCACACAAGCAAAAGAAAAUCACAAUGAGCUAUCAAAGGUGAAAGAGGCAGUCACAGAAGAUAAGAAAGCUGAAAAAAGUGAGACCCCGAAUGUUCCGCAAAAGAGCAAUGCUCUGGAAGUUGAGGGGCUUCAAGGCAAAGCAGUUCUAAUUCGCCAGACAUCCAUGCAUGAGGAUAGGCGAACCACACGGGUGACGGCUGAGAUGAGUGAGAGCGUCUCUCUGCCUGCCCUCACUCCCUCGUCUUCCAUGAUAAACGAGUAUGUGGAGCAGUGGCUGCUGACGAGCCACCACGAUGCUCUCUCAGACAUGGAGGAGGACCCGCCCUGUAGCAUUGGGCUCAAUUCAGAGUCUGCCUCUCAAACAGG